AUGGCUCCAACCGCUGAAGUUGGAGGGGCUAUUAGUAUCGUUUCGAUAUGUGCCGCAACUGCAAUCCUCUACGUCGUGGGGACCAUAGUCUACAGGCUUUACUUCCACCCGCUAGCAAAAUUCCCCGGGCCGAUCCAUUGGCGUAUUUCUAAUAUCCCGAUGGUGUAUCACAUUUUUAAAGGAGACAUACCUUUUAGAGUAGCUAAAAUCCACUACAAAUAUGGCAAAAGCAUUCGAAUCUCGCCCACUGAAGUCCUCUUCAGCGACCCUCAAGCAUUCAAGGAGAUUUAUGGCCAUCGUCCGCCUGGCACCGAAGAGCUUUCUAAGGACAAAGAUCUAUACAAUUUAUUACCAGACCGACCUACGACUAUCAUCGACGCCCCUCGAGACGAACAUGGCUCCCUUCGUCGGCAACUUUCACACGGAUUCUCGGAUAAGACGAUGCGAGAGCAAGAGCCUAUUAUUAAUGAGUAUAUAGACUUACUCAUACAACGACUCCAUGAGAACUGUGGGCGCGGACCGCUUGACUUGCGCGAGUGGUUUAACUGGACUACCUUUGACAUUAUCGGGGACCUCGGCUUCGGUUCCUCGUUCGGAUGCUUGGAGGGCUCAUCUUACCAUCCCUGGGUAGCACUCGUUAUAAAAUCACUGAAGGAAAGCGCUUACUUCCAGGCUUUGGUUCGACUUGGAUUUCGUCCGCUGGUCAACUUUUUAUAUAGGGGAGGGUAUAUGACGAAGAACAGCGAGUAUCUGGAAUUGGUAUCGAAUAAGCUUCAAGAGAGAAUUAAGCUUGGUGUCGAGAGACCGGACCUUAUCGAGGGCUUGAUCAAGUCGAGGGAAAAGCUUAACCUCAAUUUGGGCCAGAUGGUGGGAAAUGCUAGUCUGCUUAUUAUCGCGGGCUCAGAGACUACGGCUACACUGUUGAGUGGAGCGGCGUUCCUACUUACGACUAAUAGGCAUUGUCUUGAGAAGUUGACGGAGGAGGUUCGGUCGACUUUCAAAAGUGAGGAUGAGAUUACUUUGACUUCUGUUGGAAAUUUGCACUACAUGCUUGCAUGUCUUAACGAAGCGUUCCGAUGUUACCCUCCCGUUCCAGGUGAUCUUACGAGAACCGUACCGAAAGGAGGCACUACUAUUUGCGGAGAAUAUGUGGCAGAGGGUACAACCGUCGCUGUCUGGCAGUGGGCCAUCAACCACAACCCCCUCUAUUGGACUGACCCAAUGGUAUACGCUCCAGAGCGAUGGAUGGGCGACCCGAAAUAUGAAGGCGAUAGACUCGAUGCGGUACAACCGUUUUCAGUUGGUCCUAGGAAUUGUCUUGGUAGGAACCUGGCGUAUUCUGAGAUGCGCCUCAUUUUGGCAAGGGUCAUCUAUAACUUCGAUAUGGUCCUUGCUGACGAUCCAGUUAAUCAACGCUGGUUAGAGGAUCAGAAGGUAUAUGUUAUAUGGGAGAAACCACCACUAAAGGUCCACUUGGCCCCGGUUGUGAAGAAAUCGGGUUAA